CGGCCGCGGUCGGAGCCCGCCGGCAGCCGGUGACUGGAGCGCCGCGCCGGGGCCUCCGCACCUGCCGCGAGCGAGGCGAGACCGUUACCGGAGGAGCGUCCCCGGCUGCCGCCCCUCCCUCUGGGGAGCCCCCCGGGCGGUCACCCCUUCUCCCCGCCGGCGGCCGCUCGGGGCAGCUCCGCCAUGGAGGCGCUCACGCCGGGGGAAGUCAGUGUCCAAGAUGAGGCUGUGGACAAAAGCACCUUUAAGGAAUGCAACCAGAUUGCUUUUUACAGGCGUCAGAAACUUCUACGUCCUGGAAAAUCCUUGUAUCGAGCAUUGUUGGAUUCAGUCACAUCAAGUGAUGAGAAUGUCAAAUUCCAAAUUAUUCAUGAAGAGCAUAAGGUUCUUCUACAAGUAGAAAUUUGUGAGAUUGAGGGCAAUAUUUUCAGGCUUAAAAUUGAUGAGGCAUCUCCUCUCAGAGCAAGAUACAAAGUUCCUGAUGUUCUUAUAAAGGAACCUACCACCCGGAGACUCUUCAUAUCCCAGAAGGAGCCAGGUAUUUUGGUGCUGUCAAGUGUUAAUGAGGACUACAAACUUCAAGUCACAGCAUGCCCCUUCCAGAUUGAGCUACAGUCCAAGGGUGAGACUGUUCUGAGCAUGAAUUCCAAUGGGUUGUUAUAUUUUGAGCACUUACGACCACCUCCCAGUGACAGAAAACCUACAGCAGAAAACAAGGAGGCAGCAAGUGAUUCCUCUAAGGAGAAACAAGAGGAUCUAGGUCUCUGGCAAGAGAAAUUUGGCAGUUUCUUAGACAUCAAAGCUCAUGGUCCUAGUUCUGUAGGCAUGGACUUCUCUUUACAUGGAUUUGACCAUGUUUAUGGAAUACCACAACACACAGAAGCACUUCUUCUCAAAAACACCAGUGAUGGCGAUGCCUACCGGCUUUAUAAUUUGGAUAUCUUCGGCCACAAGAUACAUGACAAAAUAGGCAUUUAUGGUUCAGUGCCCCUUCUCUUAGCACACAAGCCUAACAGAACUACAGGGAUCUUCUGGCUGAACUCUUCAGAAACGCUGGUGGAUAUUAAUACAAAGGCAGUAGCUGAGCACAUGCUAUCUGGAUCUGCUGCAGAGACUGCUAAGCAGAGAGCAAUGCCUCUAACUGAUGUGCGCUGGAUGUCAGAAAGUGGGAUCAUUGAUGUUUUCCUGCUGAUGGGACCAACUGCAUUUGAUAUCUUCAAGCAGUUUGCACAACUGACAGGCACUCAAGCCCUGCCCCCUCUUUUUUCUCUGGGCUACCAUCAGUGCCGGUGGAAUUACGAGGAUGAGCAAGAUGUCAAGGCAGUAGAUGCUGGCUUUGAUGAACAUGACAUUCCUUAUGAUGUGAUAUGGCUGGACAUAGAGCACACGGAUGGCAAGAAGUAUUUUACUUGGGACAAAAAGAAAUUCCAGAACCCCAGAAAGAUGCAAGAACACCUCAGGAAGAAAAAACGCAAGCUUGUCGUCAUUGUAGAUCCCCAUGUUAAGAUUGAUCCCACAUAUACCCUGUAUUCACAGGCAAAAGACAAGGGAUAUUUUGUGAAAGACAGAAAUGGGCAAGAUUUUGAGGGCAUCUGUUGGCCAGGAUCCUCUUGUUACCUGGAUUUCACCAAUCCUGAAGUACGAAAAUGGUAUGCAGAUCAAUUUGCCUUCAAAACAUACAAGGGAUCCACUAAUAUCCUCUUUGUAUGGAAUGACAUGAAUGAACCUUCAGUCUUCAAAGGGGCAGAACUAACAAUGCAGAAAGAUGCUGUGCACUACAACAACUGGGAGCAUCGGGAAGUACACAACCUCUAUGGAUUCUACCAGCAAAUGGCAACUGCAGAAGGACUCAUCAGACGUUCUUCAGGAAAAGAGAGACCAUUUGUCCUCACACGAUCUUUCUUCGCUGGAUCACAGAAAUAUGGGGCAGUGUGGACUGGAGACAACACAGCAGAGUGGGGUUACUUGAAAAUAUCCAUUCCAAUGCUUCUCACCAUCAGCAUGGCAGGGAUUUCAUUCUGUGGAGCUGAUGUGGGAGGGUUUAUUGGAGAUCCAGAACCAGAAUUACUUGUUCGCUGGUAUCAGGCUGGAGCCUACCAGCCCUUCUUCAGAGGUCAUUCUAACAUGGAGAGCAAACGGCGAGAACCGUGGCUCUUUGGGGAGAAGAACACCCAGAUCAUCAGGGAAGCCAUUAGAGAGCGCUACGUCCUCCUGCCAUACUUAUACACACUGUUCUAUCGGGCACACACAGCGGCUGAACCGGUUAUGAGGCCUCUCUGGAUAGAAUUUCCAGGGAAAAUAGAAACUUUUGGUGUGGAAAAUGAAUAUAUGCUGGGAAAUGCUUUGUUGGUGCAUCCAGUCACGGAGCAAGAGGUCAAGACAGUGAGCGUUCUGUUUCCAGGGUCAGAGGAGAUUUGGUAUGAUUUCAGAAAAUUUAAACGAAUGGAAGAUCCAGGCACUCUGAAGAUCCCAGUAACGCUGGAGAAUAUUCCUGUAUUCCAGCGAGGGGGCACUGUGAUACCUCUGAAGACCACAGCUGGAAAAUCCACUGAAUGGAUGGUAGAUGUUUCUUAUGAACUCCACGUGGCCCUGGACACAGAGGCCUGUGCCAUAGGUGAGCUCUACCUAGAUGAUGGGCAUUCAUUUCAGUAUCUCCACAAGAAGCAGUUCCUGUAUCAGAAAUUCACUUUCCACAAGAACGUUCUCUCUUCCAGCCGCAGAGAUGAAAGCGGACAAUACCACACUACAUGUGUCGUUGAACGGGUGAUAGUUCUGGGAUUUGGACAGCAACCCACUUUUGUGACAGCCUGUUCCAAGGGUAAUGAAUUGACUUCUAUUUUACUGUAGUUUUUUAAAAAACUGUUGCUUUGCUGCCAUUCACUAGAGGUGGCAAACUGAUAGCUCUGUAAAGGAAGUGUUACAGCGUAGGGAGCAUCUUUAAGUUUUCUUUGCUACUUUUUUUGAUAUCAAGGACAGAAUUUAGCGAAAGGAGCCAGCAGCUACUCACCACUAAUAUUACAUGCAGAACUGAAGAACACUUGCUUUGUAAGGCAAUAGAUACAUCAGUAAAAGCAGUUCAGAAUUAACAAGUUCAGAUAACUUUGUCCUGUACAUAAUAUGACCAGAGACAGCAUUUCAUCUUAAGGACCAUUUGCUCUGUAAGCCUGCCUAGUCUAGAACUGGAAACUUGGAGGCAAAACCAGAAUUACUUUUCUGUUCUUUUGCUCAUUCAAAAGUGUCUGGAGUUCCUGACUAUAUGGGGAUCUCUAGAAGUUUUGAGGGAUCCUACACGGAUAGGCAGUGGCUUCUACAGAAAGGGCUUAUUUCUGGCUGCUUUCCAAGCAUGUCCCUUCACUUUGGGAAUCAUGUGAACGUGGACUUUCUGCCUCCACCUGUCAAUCUCAAGGACUGUUAGGGUGCUUGGAGGAAAACCUAUGCUUGAAACAAGGUUUGGGGUUUUUUUCCGGAAAAAAACCUUAAAUAGUUCCAUAGUUUGAUAGGUCAGAAAAAAAUAAAUAGUUUUUCCAAUUCUCCUGCAUUCUUCUGUGUAUACUGGGCAGAUUUGACUACUACUUCUUUUUUAAUCAAUCCUUUCCACCAGUGGCAGCAACAGUCUGAAUUAAAGACUGGAGGGAGACAAGUGUAACUGUGUUUCAGAAGGGUUUUUCUUAAAUCCUAUAGUAAACUCUCUUGUCCUCUUCAGAUGGGAAAGAAGAAGUGGUUUUCACAUACAAUAUGAAGACCUCUGCGCUGACACUGGAAAAUCUAGCCCUGAGUGUUGAUGCUGACUGGGAGAUUUGCAUCAACUGAAAGGAGAUGCAACUUCUUCAGAGAAUUCAUCGAGAGGUUGAGGGGAAAUAAGUUGGGAGGACUUAAAAUGUCCACUUGAAUCCAAUCAAAUCAAGGAACAUAUUUCCCACCCACACCCCUAAACUAAUACUUCCUACAAUUUUUCUUUUAAAGCACUGAUUUAAACUUGCAUAGCUCUUCUAUUCGGCAACAGUAAUGGCACUAGGAUUGUAUCUUCAGGGAAAAAAAGCUAAAUACUAUCUGCUGCAGGCUAGCUUCAGUUAAGCGUUAAGAUUGAGUUCUGCCUUCACUUGCACCAAAAUAUCAUAAAUCAAUGGGUGAGAUUGUGGCUUGUUGGCAUGAGGUUUAAUGUGAGUAUUUGGAAAUCCCACUAUUCAGACACUGGAGUACUUGAGAAGAGCAGGUCUGGGCCAGUUCGACAAGCAGCAUCAGUAGAUAUGCCAGACGCAGAGGUUAUCGCCAGAGCACUGCCUGCAAGCUGCCUUGAGAAAACACAGAAGGAGCCACCCAGUGUGAUUACAGACACUUCCCCUUUCCAGUCCUUAUGACAAUGCAAAAUUAGGCAGUCUGUACAGGAAAGCAAACAACAGGCUAGCCAACAGUUCAGUCACUGAAGGUAAGGUUUCAGUAGGUUGUGCCAGUCUGUUGUGUGAUAGUAAAAGACAGUAAUGUGGGAGUGCAAAAGUCUCUCCAAUAGCUGGCUUCAAAACUGGUAUUUGGAUUUUUAAAAGGCGCAGGUCUAUGUAAGUGCAAUACUGGCUUGGCUUAGGGUAGCAGCUAG